CCCGUCUGUCGCGUGGUGGGGAUCAUCCAUAUUGCUGCUAGUGGAGCUGAAAAGGUUGUAAUCCUGAGGGGCCGUCGGGCGCGUUUCUUCACGGUUUCCCCGUGUUUUUUCUCGGUGCAGACCGCUCCGCAUCCCGGGCCGAAGCGCCUUGGCUCUCGGAGCGACAGAGGAGCGGCAGGCCCCGCGGAGCAACUUCACACUUCCCCGAACCUGAAGGCGGAUUCGGGCGAGUACAGAGAGAGAGGAGGGGGAAGGAAGGGGCCGUUAAGUCCUGAGAAGGGGAGACAGAAAGACGGCGGAGGGGAAAUGGCCACUCAGGUGGAGGCCCUCCCACCCGGCAACCCGCUCGCCAAGGCGGAGGAGCACGGGAAAGUGACCCGCGGCGAGCCGGUAGAAGUGGCAGAGGAGGAGGAAGAGGAGGAGCAACAGCGGGCCAAGCGGCAGCGAGGUGCCGCCGACAGCAGGGCCGAGAUGGGAGGGACCUCCGGCGGUGAGGAGCAGCGGGCGGCGGAGCUCCAGGAGGACGGCUGUGACAGCGAGGACAGGCCGGGGGAGGAAGGGGUUAAAGGCAGCAAGGAGUUUACGGACGCUCCCCCGCCCAAGGUGAACCCGUGGACCAGGAAAAUGAACGCGGUGACCGUGGUCAGCGUGAACGGACAGCCCCACUCCGCAGAGUCGAGCGGCCCGGCCAAAGUGGUGAGAGCGGGGAAUCCACCCAAAGCCAGGAGAGGAGGAAAGGUUGGAGAUUUUGGCGACACCAACAGCUGGCCGACUCCGGGAGAGAUCGCAACUAAAGACAUGCAGAUGGAGGCAGUGGGACAGAGCUCGUCCGGCCCGCCGCCUCUCAGGCAGGUCAGAGACUCGUGGAGAAUCGCUGGUCCCAAAAGGUCGGCGGCUAAGAAGGAGUCAAAGGACAAGAGGGAGAGCAACGAGGAGAGCAAGGAGAACCUGAAGGCCAAAUCUGACGACUCGGGAGAGGAGAAGAACGGAGACGACGACCAGCAGAAAAACGGGCCAAAGAAAAAAGGAAACAAGCAGAAGUGGCUUCCUCUGAUGAUCGACGUGAAGCCCGAAGGACCGCGGGAACGCUCGGCGUCCCGCAACAACAGCCGGCAGAACGAGCAGCCGCGGCUGGCGCCCAACGCCCGGAACGACCUCAGAGAUUGGCACAGUCAGAAGUACGAGCGGGAGUGGCGCGACGACCACGACGAGGUUUCCAGCGUGAAGAGCGAGGGGGCACCGUUCCGCGGAGGGUUCAGAGGUCGCGGGCGUGGCAGAGGAAGGGGGCGGGGCCGAGCCCGAGGCGGCGGCAGAGGUCACCAUGACUACCACUACGGAUACAAAGACGCGCCGUACGGCCAGAAGUUCGGCGGCUCGGUCACAUAUUACUACGACAACCUGAGCAGCAGCGAGCUGUACGCCGCCGACCAGGAGCUGCUCAAGGACUACAUCAAGAGGCAGAUAGAAUAUUACUUCAGCCUGGAAAACCUGCAGCGGGACUUUUUCCUGCGCAGGAAGAUGGACGCCGACGGCUUCCUUCCGGUCGGACUCAUCGCCGGCUUCCACAGAGUUCAGGCGCUCACCACCGACGUGUCGCUCAUCCUGGAGGCUCUGAAGGACAGUAAAGAAGUGGAGGUGAUCGACAUGAAAAUUCGCCGGAAGGACGAUCCCGGGCGGUGGCCUCUUCCGGGCCUGAUGGCGCCGAACCACACAGACUUUUCCCAGCUCAUCAACUGUCCUGAGUUUGUUCCCAGGCAGAUGGCGGAGGAGUUCAGAGGAUCGUCCAGAUCUUCCACUCCGGUGAACCAGAGUGGAGACGUGUCCAACCUGAAGACGAUGCCCAAAGGCCUCUCAGCCAGCCUGCCCGACCUCGACUCUGAGUCCUGGAUCGAGGUGAAGAAGAGACCCAGACCUUCGCCUGCCAGACCCAAGGCGCCCUCGCUGCAGCUGAGGGAAAAAGAUGAUUUGCUGCGAUCUCCGCUGCCGCCGGCCGGCUCCACGCUGGCGCCGCUGAUCGCUGGAAACAAGGACGGCGCCGAGCCGGACGAGCCGGAGGAGCUGGACUUCAUGUUCGACGAGGAGAUGGAGCAGAUGGACGGCCGGCGCAACACCUUCACCGACUGGUCGGACGAGGACUCGGACUGCGAGCUGGACGACCACGACGUCAACAAGAUCCUGAUCGUCACGCAGACGCCGCCGUACCUGCGGAAGCACCCGGGCGGCGACCGCACCGGCCACCACACGUCGCGCGCCAAGCUGACCAGCGAGCUGGCCAAGGUCAUCAACGACGGCCUCUUCUACUACGAGCAGGACUUGUGGGACGACAAGUACGAGCCGGAGUACGCCACCAUCAAGCAAGAGGUGGAAAACUUCAAGAAGGUUCAUCUGAUCAGCCGCGAACAGUUCGACUGUCUGACCCCUGAACCCCCGGUUGACCCCAACCAGGAAGUGCCGCCGGGGGCCGCCCCGCCCCAGCAGAUCCCCACAGACGCUCUGGCAAACAAACUGUUCGGCGUUCCCGAUCCGUCCUCCACGGCGCGCUCGCUGCCCACCACCGUGCCCGAGUCUCCCAACUACCGCAGCGCCCGGACGCCCCGCACGCCACGCACGCCCCACAGGAAGGACGCCGCCGCGACGCCGCGCUUCUACCCGGUGGUGAAGGAGAGCCGGCCGGUCGACGCCAAGACACCGAGGAAGAGGAAGACCCGACACAGCUCCAACCCUCCUCUGGAGUGCCACGUGGGCUGGGUGAUGGACUCCAGGGAGCACCGCUCCCGCACCGCCUCCGUCAGCAGCUCCAACGCCAGCCCGUCUGAAGGGACGCCCGUCCUCGGCGGCGUCGGCUGCACGCCGCAGUCCCUGCCGAAGUUCCAGCACCCGUCACACGAGCUGCUGAAGGAGAACGGCUUCACGCAACACGUCUACCACAAAUACCGCCGGCGCUGCCUGAACGAGAGGAAGCGGCUGGGAAUCGGCCAAUCGCAGGAGAUGAACACGCUGUUCCGGUUCUGGUCGUUCUUCCUGCGGGAUCACUUCAACAGGAAGAUGUACGAGGAGUUCAGGCAGCUGGUGGUGGAGGACGGCAAGGAGGGCUACAGGUACGGUUUGGAGUGCCUGUUCCGGUACUACAGCUACGGCCUGGAGAGGAAGUUCAGACCCGACAUCUUCAAGGACUUCCAGGAGGAAACCAUGAAAGAUUACGAAGCAGGUCAGCUGUACGGCCUGGAGAAGUUCUGGGCUUUCCUCAAAUACUCCAAAGCCAAGAACCUGGAGAUCGAACCCAAACUGCAGCAAUGUCUGAGCAACUUCAAACGCCUGGAGGAUCGAGGAUGA